CGACCACAACAGUGCCGACUACAACCUCAACUGUACCGUCGACGACCACAACCGAAUCGACAACAACCUCAACCGUACCGACAACAACUACAACUGCACCGACAACGACCACAACAGUGCCGACUACAACCUCAACUGUACCGUCGACGACCACAACCGAAUCAACAACAACCUCAACCGUACCGACAACAACUACAACUGCACCGACAACGACCACAACAGUGCCGACUACAACCUCAACUGUACCGACGACGACAUCGACCGACUCGACAACAACAUCAACCGUACCGACAACAACUACAACCGAAACGACAACAACGACAACUGCACCGACAACGACCACAACAGUGCCGACUACAACCUCAACUGUACCGUCGACGACCACAACCGAAUCGACAACAACCUCAACCGAAACGACAACAACUACAACCGAAACGACAACAACUUCAACUGUACCAACAAUGA